UCCAUCCCCCCUCAUCUGGCCUACGGCAAGAAGGCUCUUCCCGGCAUUCCUGGCAACUCGAGGUUGAUCUUCGAUGUCAAACUGCUUGAGAUUAAAUAGACGACUCGUCCGCACCAUGUACAAGGUUGCAUAUUAGCUUGAUGUUUGGUUAUCACGGUGGCUGUGCUGUCCAUAUGGAUUUCGAUAUGUCUCUUUCUUCUGUUGUUUCUCACUCUGUCAAAAAAAACGGUGUUCUAGGGGACUUGAAUUUUAGUUUCAAUUCGUCAGUGUCUUUAUUGUUGCUUUUUUUUACUUCGUUUUCUUUUCUUCUUGUUUUGCUUAAUUGUGAUAUCCGACUUGUUUCUUUCUUGCACCGUUGUGCAUGUAUACAGCAGGGAUGAGGAUAUUGCAAAGCAAAGCGUGUAUCUUCCAAUAGAAAGGAGUGAGAAUACUCA